CCUUUGAUUGGGCAGCGCGGCAGCCUCCAUACUACGGGGAGCCCGAGGUGCACACUGCGCGGAGCCACACGGACUCCCGUCGCACUUCAAUGGAGGAGCGGCCUGGCGAGCGGCCAUCUGAGAAGCGGCACCAGCAUGAGACCGAGCGCGGCCAGUGCGGACCCGGAAAGGCGCUGAAAGAUGCACAGAGUCGCUGCGAGCACCAGCACCAGGAAGCGCCGGCGAAGAAAGCAGGCCCCUUGGAGGCAAAGAGGAUUGGUCCCACUAGCGAUGCUGCCGACGUUCUCAGCUACAGCAAUGGUGCCCCGUUGCGCAUAGAGGCAAACCUCCAGCCAGGGCAGGUGGGGAGGGGAGCUGCGGCCCCCCCGGCGAAGACGGGGAGCCGAAGUGGCCCCCGAAACAACAGAAUGGAGUGCAAGAGAGACAAGGCCCUAGAUGGUGGAGCUCUCGAACCCAUGGACAAAGAGCCUCCCUUUUUUGUGAAUGGGCUUGCGGGGUGCACUCCAGGUUACAUGGCGAAUGGGUAUCCUGGCAAUGAUGCCGGCAGCUCUGAGAGCGGUUAUGCCGCGCCCAAGAAGCGGCAGGCGCGGUUUGAUGGUGCCAGGGGUGCUGAGGCUGUCCAGCGGCGCGGCGCCCUCCCAGUCCGGGCGUCUGAGCCUUCCAGCCCGGAACUGGGUGAACGAGCCACAGGCCCACGAACUGAGAACGUCGGGGUGGUGGCAGGGGUGGCCAAGGUGGCCGGCACCUCCUGCAGGAGGAAUGAGGAUGGGGUCAGCAGAGCCAAGGUCUCGCCAGUAGCAGCAGUGAAAGAAGAUUCCUGGACCCUGUUCAGGCCCCUUCCCGUUUUUCCCGUAGACAACAGCAGCGCUAGGAUCGUGCCCAAGAUCAGUUACGCGAGUAAAGUGAAGGAGAACCUGAACAGAGCGGCUCCCUCCGCCGUGGAGAUGCUGCCCCCGCAGGCCGCCGGGCUGCUUGCGCAGGUCCCCAUGUCUGCUGUCAAAACAGUCCCAUCUGCCAUUUGCGGAGAUGGGGGCCCGUUCGCGAAGGCACAGCCUCUGCCUGCAGCUGCUCCAGCCUACUGUUACCCGAGGGACCCAAAUGUAGCAUCCUCCCCCGACGGCAACGCCGGUGCCACCCCCGCACCCUCGGGAGAGCAGCGAAAACCCAGCAUCGUUCUGAACCCCUUGGCGGUUUCUGGUUUAGAACUGGCGCCCCCUAGUGCCUCCCCGGAGGACCUCUCUGUGAGUCCAGCUGACUGCAAGGCCCUGGGGGACAUAUUUCAGAACGAAUGGGGGCUGUCCUUUAUCAACGAGCCCAACGCCGGCCCCCGGGGAAGUCAGUCUGUCACGGACGCGCUCUCUCAGGACGAGGCUCUGGCCGCGUCUGACCUGCAGGCCCCCGAUAAUGCAUCCCUGCCUGAGAAACGGACUAGCGGGGCGCCCCCUGCUGGCCUGCCGAGAGGAAGUCCUUCUGUCAUUCCUGUAGCCAAACGCCAAGCCCAGACACUGCCGUUGGGCUCCGACCCACAUAGAACCAAUCCCGGUAGCCGGGGCACGGUACCUCCUAGGGACAUGGGUGUUGGGAAACUCCAGGUGGACAAAGAGUCGGGACAUGUUAAGAGCUCCUUUGAGAGGUGUAGCUGGAGGCUGUUUGACCUUAAAGCUGCUGUUAUGUAUCACACUAAAGAAAUUGGAAAUAUUUUCAAUCUACUAAAACAAGAUCCACACAGAGUGCUGGUGUACGACGAAUCCCUGGACGGGCCAGCUCAGUGAGGCCCCUCCUCAGCUUAUUGGCCCUGCCCCCCUCAGCUGGCCCCGCCCCUUCCUCGAGUUGGCCCCGCCCCCCGGCAGCCAAGUUCACUUCGCUUUUCAGAGCUAAACUCGAUCACAAUCUUCACCCGUGAGGCCGGGGUGCAGGGAGGCUCGAUCCUUCCCACAAAGAUGAACGCCUUUGGGACCCCCUACCCCCGUCAAAAUGUACUUUGAGUGUGGCGGGGAUGUGCUGUUUUUAACGUAGUGUUUCUCUGGAAUUCUGACCCGUGGACGCCAUGACGCGAGCAGAAUACAAGACCGUGGACUUUCAGGGAAAUCUGUCUUACGUGGUGUAGAGUAAGGGAACCUAUGAGAGGCACCCGUCUGUCUGUCUUAAAAUGCUUUUGUGGGUCGUUGGUUGUCAUGGACCUUUUACAUCCCCAGAUACUGUCUGUAAAGGCGUAUAGAUGUGUGACCCUGGAGCAGGACCAGAGAGGUCCUCCUGCAGUGGGGGGGGGGGGCGCCCGUCCGUCCGUCCCUUUCCAGACACAGUGAUGGUUGCCAGCGGUUUGCCCUGGUCUGUUAGCCUUUACUGCAACUUCGCUGCACUAAUCGUUCCACAGUCGCUUUGUCAGUCAGGAUGCUCGUCGUCUAACGUGCAGGUGGGAAGACGGACCGGGAUGGAGGUCCUCGUGUCUGUGUUUUAGUUUUGGACACUCUGGGCUGGAGCCUUUUUUUGCUUAUUUUUUUUUUUGUGGCAGACUGAGCUGCCUUAGGUAUCAGGGUGGGAGGUGGUGGCUCAUGCGGACAGACAAUCGGGGCAGUCCGCCUCCAGCCCGCGGUGCCUUACGGGUCGGGAUGGACACCCCUCCAGCCCUCACGGCUCUCCCCGCCCUCGGGGCUCUCCUGGCUUUCAUUUUUGCCACAGGGGUUGAAUUUCGUUGUGCCUGCCCACCUCUGUUUGACGUUUAAUCCAUUAGCACUUUACAGUCACCUUUUUUUGUUCCUUAAGAGUACAAAUAUAUAACAUAAAUGUAACUAAUCCCUGUUAAGAAUGGGUUUGGGCUGUUUUUUUUAUUUUUAUGGAGAUGUAUAUAAGAUUAACUCAGGUAAAAAAUAGGAAAGCCAUGUUUUGACAGUGGUAUACGACGACGUAUUGCCAAAAGUUUAAGUGGAAUCCCUUGAUAUAUUCUCAGUUCCGUUGUCCUUGCCCUGGUGGGCAGGUGCCUGCAUGUCAUAUGUUUGACAGCGGAAAUAUUCCGGCAACCUUGGCUGAAGGGCGCCACCUUCUGGUGACGAAUGAGGGAGCCUCCUUAUAGCUGGCUCUUCAGUUCCAUGUAAGAGGCUCGCGUUUUGGGUUGCUGCCUUUAUUACUGUGAGGGGAAAGUCGGAUCCCUCUCGUCGUCCAUCCGCUCAUCAAAGGGGCGCGGUUCACCUCCCCGCUGUCCCAUAGCUAUCGACAUGGACGUACCUGUGUCAGAAAAUGCUUCCUCAUCAAGGUGUGCAUCUGCCCUUUAUGGCAGGAAAUUGACUGUCUGCAUCAUGAGUUGACGUCUACCGUAGGAUUUGCCGUUAUGGGGUGGGCGUGGCCUGGUAUGAUUGACUUGUUCGUCAGCCAAUGAGCUUCGCACAGGUGGGCUGCCCUCUGGGGCUUUUAGCUGCUUUCCUUUGCUUUUGUGUUUCAGGGCGAAUUCUAAUCCCCCUACCCCUGCACUUGGGGGUGGGAUGCCCAGAUCCUCCGAUCACUAUAGCGAUGAGAUACAGAAAGGUGAUUCGCUUAGCUUUGCUGCUCUUGUUAGCUGACGAAAGGCACUUAUUUUCGAUCAGGCUGUCAGACUGUGUCCCUGUAAGGGGUUGGCCAGCCUGCAAGCUCAACACAUUUGGAGGUUACUGGGCUUCUGUUGAUGUGUGAUUGGUAGGCUGGGCAGGACUGGGCAGGGUCUUAAGCCACGGUGACGGCCACGAGUUGCCCCAGCUGCUGUGAUUGGCUGCCUUAAUUGAUGGGCUCUGUCACCUGGAGCUGGGGUCACUUUCGGCCAGUCAGCCUGUGCAUGUUUACUGUUUGUUUGAUCUUGUGGGGCUACGACCCCUGGCCGUGUGUGUGUGUGUGUGUUUAUGUGUGGCUGCCACAAUAACAAUAUGCAAACUGCUCACACUGUUAAGCACCGUGUGGUGACCAGCACAUAUUCCUCUUUUUAAAGUUUUGAUUUCUCUUCCUUUUGAAACUUUGCUAAUCGCUCUCUCCAUCACUGUUUUCUGCUUUUAUUUACCCAGACUAUUGACAAUGUCCCGUUGCUGUAAUGUGGGCAUUUCCCACAUGUACCCUCGCAUAAAUUCACUGAUUAAUGGUCUUUCUCCCUCUCCCCCCGUUUACUUUGCCUCAUAAAUUGGCUUGUUUAGCGUUUGCUGCUUGAGACAUGAAGGAUUUUGACACGGCCUGCGUUCACGUCGACGGCUCAGGAUGAACUCUUCCAUUCCGCUCCGAUCAGUUCAUGGGCUUUUCCAUCUUCCAUUGUGUUAGGCACUGUAUUAUUUUGAAUGCCCUUAAUUUAUUUUUUGAUGCACAGUAGUUUUAAGAUGCACCUCUUAAAUGAUGGAAGAAUCCAUGUGUGUUAUUUAAGGCCGUCGAUAUUUAUGUUUAAAGGUAAUUAACUCUAUUGAGUAGCCAGUGUUAAUGAUAGUUAACACUGUCUGGAGGAAAAAAGAAAAAAAAAAACACUGAUUUGCUUAAUUGUCUUCUUAAAUUUGUCGUGACUCCUGCUUACUGGGGCUCCAUGCAAUCCACAUUUUUGCUCCCUCCCAGCUCAGAGGAAGCAAAAAAUGCAGAAUGCAGACCCAAGGACUGAAUUGAGAAUCGCUCACCUAGAGGUCCAGUUGGCCUCAUACCCCGCCUUUAAGUCCCCAAAAUGCAGUUCUGGGGCUGUCUUGGCAUUGUAUUUAAUGUACGUGACAUUAAUGAUGCCUGGCAGGGGCGGCACCACGUGGGCAUUGGCUGAAAGCUGAUUGGUGCCUGGAGUGCUCCCUCCCCUGUCACUCACUGAUUCAAAAGGUGUCAUUGGCUAAUAAGUUUUGGUGCCUCUGUAUGAAUUAUGGCACCUCUGGCAGUGCCAAUCCAUUGCUGGGGGGCCUCUUUUUGUUUUGGGUCUUGCAGAUGGCGGACAUAGUGUCCGUGGGGGGGCGGGGGGUGAUGAACGUUCAUGUGUAUGGCCCUGAGUCCCAAAGUGCUGCUCCUUUUCUCCAUUAGCGGUUUUGUGUGAAAUGUGAACGGCUGCCUUCAUCUCCACCACUCUGUUCCCGUCGUUCGGUUCCGGCACCUUCCGAGAGGACCUGAAUAUACCGACGCUCCACUGACACCCACGACAUGGAAAGACCCGCUUCUGUGCACCGUGUGGUGAAGGUGGCUUCCAGAAUGUUCCUGCCCCCCCCCCCCCCGCUGAGUGUCACCACUUUGUGUCGCUUCGGCAGAAUGACCUUGCUGCAGCAGUCCGCUGUGACGUCCUCACGCUGUGCUAUAAAGUUGGAGCCUCAGCAUAGGUCAGUCCCAUGACAAGCAAGCCCAUAUUAUAAAUUAAACUAGUAAUAUUUUAAUAAUUUUAUUUCAUUGUAC